UGGUAUGAAGGGCAGCUGCAAGGAGGAGAGCAAAAGGAAGGAGUGGUCAGUGAAUAAUUUCCUGAUGACGGGCCCCAAGGCCUAUCUCAUCUACUCCAGCAGCGUGGCGGCCGGGGCGCAGAGCGGCAUCGAGGAGUGCAAGUUCCAGUUCGCCUGGGACCGCUGGAACUGCCCCGAGAGGGCACUGCAGCUCUCCAGCCACGGCGGGCUGCGCAGCGCAAACCGAGAAACUGCCUUUGUCCAUGCCAUCAGCUCUGCAGGCGUCAUGUACACACUGACCCGGAACUGCAGCCUGGGGGAUUUUGACAACUGCGGCUGUGAUGACUCCCGCAAUGGGCAGCUCGGUGGGCAAGGCUGGCUGUGGGGAGGCUGCAGUGAUAACGUGGGCUUCGGGGAAGCCAUCUCCAAGCAGUUUGUGGAUGCCCUGGAGACUGGACAAGAUGCCAGAGCUGCUAUGAACCUGCACAACAAUGAGGCGGGUAGAAAGGCUGUCAAAGGGACCAUGAAGCGGACUUGCAAAUGCCACGGCGUGUCGGGGAGCUGCACCACCCAGACCUGCUGGCUGCAGCUGCCCGAGUUUCGGGAGGUGGGCACUUACCUCAAGGAGAGGUACCACAAGGCCCUGAAGGUGGACUUGCUGCAGGGGGCAGGGAACAGCGCUGCCAGCCGGGGUGCCAUCGCCGAGACCUUCAGCUCCAUCUCCAAGAAGGAGCUAGUCCACUUGGAAGACUCUCCUGACUACUGCCUGGAGAACAAGACGCUGGGGCUGCUGGGCACGGAGGGGAGGGAGUGCCUAAAGAGAGGCAAGGCGCUCAGCAAGUGGGAGAAGCGGAGCUGCCGGCGGCUGUGUGGGGACUGUGGGCUGGCGGUGGAGGAGAGGCGGGCCGAGAUGGUGUCCAGCUGUAACUGCAAGUUCCACUGGUGCUGUGCCGUGCGGUGCGAGCAGUGCCGCAAAAGGGUCACCAAGUACUUCUGUGUCCGCAAGGAGAAGCGGGAGCGGAGCGGGGGUGGUGGGGCCAGCCGCAAGCUCAAGAGAAAGCUCUAA